AACUGAGGUCCAGAAAGAGCAAGUGGCUGCUCAAGGUCACCCAGGAAUCUGGAAGCAGAGCCAGUGCAAGGGAAGCAACUGCCUGCUGAGGGUACCCUAGAAAGAAUUUUUUUUUAGUGGGGGUAGGUGUCUAUCUUCUCCUGUGUUUGGGCUUCGAGUGAGGAACUCCUGCGUGAACGGGAGUGGUGUAGGAAUGUCUUCCAUGGUCCCUCCUCUCGUUUGAUGUCACAGGUCUCCUGGGAACCCUACUCCGGGUACGAUGAAGAGGCUUACUCGGCUGGGCCGUUGCCGGAACUCUGUUACAAGGCGGAUGUCCAGGCUUUUAGUCGGGCCUUCCAACCCAGUGUCUCCCUGAUGGUGGCUGUGCUGGGUCUGGCGGGCAAUGGCCUAGUCUUGGCCACCCAUCUGGCAGCCCGACGAACUACCCGAUCUCCCACCUCCGUCCACCUGCUCCAGUUAGCUCUGGCUGACCUCCUAUUGGCCCUGACCUUGCCCUUUGCAGCAGCAGGGGCUCUUCAGGGCUGGAAUCUAGGAGGUGCCACCUGCCGAGCCAUCUCAGGCCUCUACUCGGCUUCCUUCCACGCAGGCUUCCUCUUCCUAGCCUGUAUCAGCGCGGACCGCUAUGUGGCCAUCGCUCGAGCUCUCCCAGCCGGGCAGCGACCCUCCGCACCUGGCCGUGCGCACUUGGUCUCUGUCUUCGUGUGGCUGUUGUCGCUGCUCCUGGCCCUACCUGCGCUCCUUUUCAGCCGGGACGGGCCGCGGGAAGGCCAACGGCGCUGUCGCCUCAUCUUCCCCGAAGGCCUCACGCAGACUGUGAAGGGGGCAAGUGCUGUGGCGCAGGUGGUCCUGGGCUUCGCGCUGCCUCUGGGCGUCAUGGCAGCCUGUUAUGCGCUCCUGGGCCGCACGCUUCUGGCCGCCAGGGGGCCAGAGCGGCGGCGCGCACUGCGCGUUGUGGUGGCCUUGGUGGCCGCCUUUGUGGUGUUGCAACUGCCCUACAGCCUCGCCCUGCUGCUGGAUACAGCCGAUCUACUGGCAGCCCGCGAGCGGAGCUGCUCCUCCAGCAAGCGCAAGGAUCUAGCUCUGCUGGUCACCGGCGGCUUGGCGCUGGUCCGCUGCAGCCUCAAUCCGGUGCUUUAUGCUUUUUUGGGCCUGCGCUUCCGCCAGGACCUGCGGAGGCUGCUACAGGGUGGGGGAUGCAGCCCAAAGCCCAACCCUCGAGGCCGCUGCCCCCGCCGGCUCCGCCUUUCUUCCUGCUCGGCUCCCACUGAGACCCACAGUCUCUCUUGGGACAACUAGGGCUGCGAUUCCAAAGAAGGGGGAGGGCUAAGGAAACGAUCUCAGGGAGGGUAGUGAGAAAGGGGAGUAAGUGGGGGGACGUUGAGAAAGACUUCAGGACCUAAAGAGAUUGCCUCUGAGCUUAAUUAAAUUGAUACAAAUGCAAAUGAAAUGCAACCCAACUACUGUUACUAUUUUUGAAUCACCAACUUGGGAAACGAGUUGUAGC